CGCUUGCGCAUUCACUGUGGACACGUCUCUUCAUCCAGCUUGAAACUUAACCGGCGAAACUGAUUUGUUUACAAACUUAUAACCCAAGAGAAUGCCGUUACGUUUGAAUAUAAAGCGGGUUUUGACAGCCCGAUCAGACCGUGUUAAAUGCAUGGGUCUGCACCCAACUGAACCAUGGAUGAUGGCAAGUUUGUUUGAUGGCAAGGUGAUCAUUUGGAAUAUUGAAUCUCAGACUUUAAUCAAGUCCUUCGAAGUAUGUGAUCUGCCAGUGAGAGCUGCUGCAUUUGUUCCUAGGAAGAACUGGAUUAUAACUGGAUCUGAUGAUAUGCAUGUACGAUGUUAUAAUUACAAUACACUAGAGAGGGUUCAUCAAUUUGAAGCCCAUUCAGACUACAUUAGAGCUAUCACAGUCCAUCCUACACAGCCUUUUAUCUUAACCAGUAGUGAUGAUAUGUUGAUCAAGUUGUGGGACUGGGAGAAAAAAUGGACAUGCACACAGGUUUUUGAAGGACAUACUCAUUAUGUGAUGCAGAUUGUAGUAAACCCAAAAGACAACAAUACAUUUGCCAGUGCCUCUCUAGACCGAACAGUCAAGGUAUGGCAACUAGGAUCUCCAACACCAAACUUUACCCUAGAAGGCCACGAGAAAGGAGUUAACUGUGUUGAUUAUUAUUCAGGGGGAGAUAAACCUUACUUAAUAUCAGGAGCUGAUGACAGAUUGAUCAAAAUAUGGGAUUAUCAGAAUAAAACAUGUGUACAGACUUUAGAAGGGCAUGCUCAGAAUAUCUCAGCAGUCAGAUUCCAUCCAGAACUACCCAUAAUUCUCACAGGAAGUGAAGAUGGUACUGUGAGGGUAUGGCAUGCCAAUACAUACCGACUGGAGAGUACAUUAAACUAUGGCUUAGAGAGAGUAUGGACUAUAGCCUGUCAGAGGGGCUCCAAUAAUGUAGCUUUAGGUUAUGAUGAAGGAAGUAUAAUGAUUAAGUUGGGAAGAGAAGAACCAGCCAUGUCUAUGGAUAGUAGUGGUAAAAUCAUCUGGGCUAAACAUUCUGAGAUCCAACAGGCCAAUAUCAAAGCCAUAGCAGACCAAGAGAUCAAAGAUGGAGAAAGGCUACCACUGGCUGUUAAAGAUAUGGGAAGUUGUGAGAUCUAUCCACAAACCAUAGCUCACAAUCCCAAUGGAAGGUUUGUGGUUGUUUGUGGAGAUGGAGAAUAUAUCAUUUAUACAGCUAUGGCUCUAAGAAACAAAAGUUUUGGUUCAGCUCAGGAGUUUAUAUGGAGUAAUGACUCAUCAGUGUAUGCCAUUAGAGAAAGUUCUAGCAUGCUCAAAAUUUACAAAAAUUUCAAAGAGCAAAAGGCUUUCAAACCUGACUUUGGAGCUGAAGGUCUUUAUGGAGGAAAUAUGUUAGGAGUAAGAUCUGUGAGUGGACUGGCAUUUUAUGACUGGGAAACAACAGAACUAGUUAGAAGGAUUGAAAUCACGCCUAAAAAUAUAUUUUGGAGUGAGAAUGGUGAACUGGUAUGUAUAACCACAGAAGAGUCCUUCUUUAUAUUAAAAUAUAACCAGGAAGCAGUAGACAAUGCCAGAUCUUCUGGAGGUAAAGAGGACAUCACAGAGGAUGGUAUUGAAGAUGCUUUUGAGGUGAUAGGUGAAAUAGAAGAAACAGUCAAAACUGGAAUCUGGGUUGGAGAUUGUUUUAUAUAUACUAACAGUGUUAAUAGACUGAAUUACUAUGUUGGUGGAGAAAUUGUCACUGUAGCACAUUUAGACAGAGUGAUGUAUCUCCUUGGUUAUAUACCUAAAGACAACAGAUUGUAUUUGGGCGACAAAGAAUUAAAUAUAGUCAGUUUCUCAUUACUGUUAUCUGUGUUAGAAUAUCAGACUGCUGUUAUGAGGAGGGAUUUUGAAACAGCUGAUAAAGUUUUACCCACAAUUCCUCGAGAACACAGAACAAGAGUGGCUCAUUUUCUUGAAAAACAGGGAUUUAAAUCACAAGCCAUGGCUGUGACCUAUGACCCUGAACAUAAGUUUGAGCUGGCUUUACAGUUGGGAGAAUUAAAAGCUGCUUAUGAAAUAGCCAAAGAAACUGAGAGUGAACAAAAAUGGAAACAAUUAGCAGAAUUAGCCAUUAGUAAAUGUGAGUUUGGACUGGCCCAGGAAUGUCUACACAAUGCCAAUGAUUAUGGUGGUCUCUUACUACUUGCCACCUCUGCAGGAAAUGUUGGCAUGGUGGCCAAACUAGCACAGACAGCUGAAAAAUCUGGACAAAAUAAUGUGGCAUUUUUAUCGUACUUUUCACUGGGAAGACUAGAAGAAUGUUUAGAAGUUUUAAUUAACACAGGUAGAUUACCUGAAGCUGCAUUCUUCUCCAGAACAUACCUACCUAGUCAGGUGUCCAGAGUAGUACAAUUAUGGCGGGAGAAUUUAGGCAGUGUAAACAACAAGGCAGCUAACUCACUGGCUGAUCCUGAGGAAUAUGAGAACUUGUUCCCUGGCUUUGUUGAGGCACAGAAAACAGAACAGUUUCUACGACCACAGAGAAAAAGUUUAAUACCCGCUAAUAAAUACCCACAAGUUCCUUCUAAUCAUGAACGUAAUCCAGUAGAAGAGAUGCAGGCUGCUCAACAAAGUGGUUCAUUUGUUUUUGUAUCAGAUACAUUACAAGAAAAUGAGGAGGAAGAGGAAGAGGAUUUUAAAGAGGCAGAGGAUGAUCUAGUAUCUCAAGUAACACAGAAGCCUGCUACACCCAAACAGUCUACAGAACCUCCUCCUGAACCAUCAGGGAAACCUCUAUCCCAGGCAGGCAUGGAUGAUAUAGAGAAAGAAUUAGAACUGGAUUUAGAAAAUAUGAAAUUUGAUGACGAUAUAGAUACUUCUGGGAUUGAUGACCAAAAAAUUUUAACAGAGGAUGUGAAUUUAGAUGAAGACUUACUGGAGGACUGAACUCUUAUAAUCAUGUGAUCAGGAACUGAACCAAUCAUAGACAUUGUUACAUGUCACCCAUCAUAAAAAUUGUAUGAAAUUUGUUGAUAGAAUAUUUAUUAUUAAGUGCUCUGUUAUUGUCUUCAUAUUUUAUUGUCAUGGAAUAAUGAAUAUCUAUUGUGAAAUAUUUGCUUUUAUUUUAAAAGACAGAUCAAGUCAUACGUAAAUAUUAUUACUCAGAUUUUGACUCUUACAUAGUAGUGCAAUAGAAAAGAAUGUUAAAAAGUCUUAAAAAAUUAUAAUCCAUUGAAUCCAGCUGUUUACCAUAUUUAUAUGAACCAAGAGAAAUUUUAUGGCACCACACAUUUGAUUUUGUAAUACAGGAAUACUUUGCAGCUAAAACCCUCAAUUUAUAGCUGUUACAGCAAUAACAGUGCCAGGUUCAUUAAUUAAAAGUCAUUCCCACUUAAGGACUUAUUCUUGAAAAGUCAGUUGUUUUUGAUGUGUAAUUUUUAUGUAUAUUGAAGGAUUUUUCUGAUUCUUUUUUCUUUUAACACUAUAAAAUAAAAAUUUGAAAGCAGAUAUAUAGAAAAAUUAUCUAUCUUUGUUAGUUUUUGUCACAUAAAGUAUGAACAGUAAGACACUAAUGAAGUAUUUGACAUUUGAGAUGUUAUUAACUUAGGUAUUUAUUUCUUAACAUUGUUUGUUUCCAAAUGAGAUAUUGUAUAUGAAACUGUCAUGUGAAAAAGGGGAGGAGAAAAAUAAACAAUGAAACUUAA